AUGAUAGUUUGUGCCGAUUUAAGGCCAGCAGAUCUAGACGAACUCUCGUUCAGACGACGUGCGCUCCGGGAUGCUGUUAUAUGUAUAGGAUGGAUAAAACUUGUUUCCACAAUUUGCUACAUAAUUCUAUAUUUCCUGGUGGCAGCGAACAGUAAGGGGUCUAUGUCAGACAUAAUACAAAUUAUGAUACUGGCAAUCAUACCACCGCUGAUAUUAAAUGGCGUUUUGCUAUUUCUAGGAGCGUUGGAGGAGAAAGCAUGGGCGUUGGAAGUGGCUCUAUGGCUGUGUCUACUCCUUGCCUCUUACAACACGGUUUUAGGCAUCACAGGGGGAAUUUAUUUCAUACGCACUGGUCACUAUACUGCACACUUUAUGCUCGCUGUUAUAUUUGGUUUAUUGGCUAUAUCUUUGUGUACCGUCAUUUGCCACGACGUGUUAAUAAUUUUCUCUUACAAAAAGCUUUUGCAAUCUUCAUGA